UCAAAGAUAAAAUAACAUAAUACCAUAAACUCAGGCAGUGGGUGUAUAGCGAAAAAUUUGAAAAGCUUUACAUCCUUUCAUUGAUUUUGGUUAUAAAGCUGGAUAUGUAUAAUAGGCACAUUGUGUUUUAAUUGCUCAACUUAAAUGGAAUAUUUGAUAUCUCUGAAAAAGAAAUCUAGUCGUAAAUUGUCGACAUAUAUAUGAAUUCAGUUUUGCGUUGAUAGCAGUUAUUUUUGCCAAAGAUAGUCAGUCAGUCUGGGAAAUAACAAUGUGCAAAUUAAGAAGUGUGUUGAGAGCAUACAUUAUUUUGUCUAAUUGCCUAUCUUUGACCGGUGUGGUCGCUGGUAGAAAAUGAGGGUGGACUUCGCAGAAUUCCGCCGCCAGUCAGGUCUGUUGUUGGCUGCGGAGAAUAGCUCAUCCGUGGGAAGGGACAUCCACUUGUUCACAUUGUCAAUCCAGCUUUACUUCCGACGGACUCUUCAACGACCUUAAGUCUAACACAGUCUUGCAGAACAAUGUUGUGCCUUGUGAUUUGUCAAAAUCAAGUCAGCGCUCGUUGUUUGAGGGUCGCCAGAAGGGUUGGUGUGGACCGAAAAGUACAUAUGUCAUGUUCCGGACGUACUCAUUGGUCUUGUGCUUAAUGAUGAUUGCGGGAUUAGGCGUGAUAAUAACCGGCCUUAUAAUGCGAUACGGUGACAAAAUAACUCAGCACUUCAUGGAGCCAGCUUUCGACAAAUACAAGGCAUCGAUGGCUGCAACAUCUGCAACUGAUACGGGAAACGUUGAUAUUGAUAUGAACGUGUUUCUGAAGUUAGCAGCCGAAGGAACUAUGUCCGUUGGGGUCAUUAUGAUGGUUUUAUCGCUCUUUGGAAUAUUAACUGGAUGCUACAGACAUUUGCGAAUAAUGAAAGUAUACUUCAUUGGAUGCGUCGUCUUGUUUGUUUUGGAGGCAGUGCCAGCUCUGCAAGUGUGCUGCACACCAUAGUCAGAAAAGAACUAAAACAAGACCUAGAGGAAAAGUACACUGGAUUUUUUGGAACAGACGUCUUCACCCGUUUGUGGAAUGUGGUAAUGAUAAAAGGAGCAUGCUGUGGUGUCGAUAGUUAUAUGGACUUCACUUCUUGUAAGAAUUGGAACAUGAAAGAAACAAUCGGUGGUGUUGACGUUAAUUUGACAACACCGAUUUCUUGCUGCAGAGACCUUCCAGAAUCGUUUGAUGUGUCUUGCGCUCAAAAUGCUGAUGUACAUCUAAAUAACAUCGGAAAUGGUUGUUUUGAUAUGUACUGGCAGUGGACAAUAGGACACACGUAUUUUAUUGUUGCAGUGUGCGCGGCGAUAGGAAUAUUUCAGGUGAUCCCAGGGGCGUGCUCAUUUGGUGUUUUAAGACUUAAAGAUACAGCACAAGUCGGGGUUUUUGACGAUAUAAGACAAGAAUCUCAUCCGCCUACAGCUCCGCCUCCGUCUGCACCGCCAUUUCCAUCUCGACCUCGUAUGUCACCGCCUCUACAUCAGCCUCGACCUAGUAUCUUACCGGAUGAUGCUGUUUCGGAAAGAACCGAGAGGUCCAGCACUAGCUUUGAGACCAAUGACGGAAACAAUGAGAGUGUCCCAAGACACCAGAUGCCCAAUUCUAACAAUAAUAGCUAUAGAGAACACAUUGGAAAUGUACCAAGAAUCGAGAGGUCCAGAACUAGUUUUGAUAUCCGUGACGUACACAACGAGAAUAUACCAAGAAACCAGAUGCCCAAUUCUAACAAUAAUAGCUAUAGAGAACACAUUGGAAAUGUACCAAGAAUCGAGAGGUCCAGAACUAGUUUUGAUAUCCGUGACGUACACAACGAGAAUAUACCAAGAAACCAGAUGCCCAAUUCUAACAAUAAUAGCUAUAGAGAACACAUUGGAAAUGUACCAAGAAUCGAGAGGUCCAGAACUAGUUUUGAUAUCCGUGACGUACACAACGAGAAUAUACCAAGAAGACCGCACAGCACAGCAGCAGAUUGGAUCGGGGACUAUGACAGUGAGCGACUUUCUUAUGCCGUCGAUGCAAUAGAUAAUGUACAUGAUCUUAUCCGAACUCGAGGUUUGAUUGCUGAAGUGUUGGACAGAGCACAAGCUCUACACGAAACCCUUCAGACAAGUUCUAAUGUGAUAACAGUGAGCAGAGAAGAAGAAGCAGCAAUACAUCAUGCAUUUACAUGUAUUAUAUGCAGCGGUGCUGUGGUGCGUCCCAUGUUUGCUUCCUGCUGUAAAACGUUGAUAGGCUGUGAGAGUUGCAUGGCUAGAUGGUAUCAAAUGUCGCCACCAAAGGCAUGCCCAAAAUGCAGACACUCGGAAGGCAAACAGUUGAUCAAGAGAAUGCUCGGAAUGGAUGAAGCAAUUCAACCGUUAUUACGAUUCGUUGAACCAAUAGGACGUGAAGUUUAAGUCCUUAGUCGCGACCUGUUUAAUCUUUUAGGUGACCAUAUAUAUUUCUAUUAUCACUAUGUAAUUUUAAAUGAUUUUGAAUAACCGUUCAAGUAGUGUAUUAAAGCGUUGUCUAAAACAUGUGUGAUUUUAACCAUCCUUUUCAGAAUUUUUGAAUAACGAUACAGUACAUACAUUUAUUAUGAACAUGUCUAGACGUGAGGUGAAUAUAUAAUUUAUAAUAUAUAACUUUGGCAUAUUUUACGAAUUCUGACAGUUGAUGCGAGCGUGUGUGAGUGUGCGUGUGUGUUUGUUGUAUAUAGUUGCUAUUCUUUAAACAUUGAAAAACAGUUCACGAGAUGAUAAAGAAAGAUACGAUAGCUGCGCAGUGCGGUUUGAAAUUUCAAAGUUUGUAUUUAAACUACAAAAAGAGCUGCAACGAUGAAUUAAUAUAUUUUUUUUAAAUAAGUUUCUUUUUUGGGGAGUCAAAAUUUAACCUUUCUGAUAGUGAACAAUGCACGGAGUAAACUGUGAUUCACCUUGUAAUGUGGGUAUAAUUUGAAUACACAUAUAAUAUCAACAUAA